UCUUUCGUUUCGACGACCCUCUUCGAGAGUCCUCUACGGAGCUCCUCGAUCUCCAAUGGCGAUGGCGGCGGCGAGGAGCGCUCUCCUGAAGCACCUCCGCGUGGCGGCGGCGGCGGCCCCCUCUCCGUCUCCGGCGGCGGAGCUCUUCUCCGGCGACCGCAUCGCCCUCCUCCUCCGCCGCGGGUUCUCGGAGGAGGUGAAGGGCUCCUUCCUCGACAAGGACGAGGUCCGGGAUCGCAUCAUCAACGUCGUCAAGAACUUCCAAAAAGUCGACCCCUCCAAGGUGACACCGGAUGCUCAUUUCCAGAAGGACCUUGGCCUCGACAGCUUGGAUACUGUGGAGAUCGUCAUGGCCCUGGAGGAGGAAUUCGGGUUCGAGAUACCCGAUAAUGAGGCCGACAAGAUUGACUCCAUCAAAGUGGCUGUCGACUUCAUCGCCUCACAUCCUCAAGCAAAAUAAGGGGAGAGGAAAAAAAACGAAAGAAAGAAAAACCAACUGUUUUGUAUGUGUUGCUUCUUUUCUCUCAGCUCUUUUUUCUUAGACUUUUGUAAGCUGUUAUAAUUUGAUUGGCUCCGUUUGAGCCUCGAAAGUAGACUCGGCGUAAGUUCUUCUCCAGAAGGGUGCUUUUUUGGCAUUCCGCCGAUAUAAUAAUUCUUACUUUUAGGGAUUUACUUUGUACCUGCAAUGCGAUAAACGUAACCUGAAGACAUUUUCUCUUUUUGGUUC